UUUUUGUUUUAUUUUGAAUACUUGUAACUAGCCUAAUAACUCUUUAAAAAAAAUGUGUAAAAUUAUAUUAGUUAUCAGCUUUGCGUUGCUAUCAUUUAUAGUAGAAGGCCAAUACGAUUUCAGUGAACAGAAAGUUCACCACAUGGUAUGGUGUACUAAAAAUCACGAAGAACAGUAUAAAUGUCAAAAUUUGACCGUAGCGAUCGAACGCGAUCGUGCACUGUUUGACGAUGCUUUACUCAAUCUCACCUGCCUAAUGGCAUUUAGUGCGGAUGAGUGCAUACAUCACAUAGAUCGCGAAAAAGCUCAUAUAACGACUUUGGAUGCCGGUGACGUUUUUACUGCAGGACGUUAUAAUUCCCUCAUUCCGAUCAUGGAAGAGAAGUUUGAGGGUGGUUUUACUAAUUAUCACUCUGUAGCCGUUAUUAAGUCGGGAACUGUACUAGAUGUUACAAGUAUAAAACAUUUGCGACAGAAGAAAGCCUGUUUUCCUUGGGUGGGCAGUUUAGCUGGUUGGAUUGUGCCUAUAUAUGUACUUCAACGGGAGGGUGGGAUGGAAGUAGUUGAUUGCAAUAAUCAGGUUAAAACUGCGGCCAACUAUUUCAAUAAUUCAUGUGCCGUAUAUUCUUUGAUCGACAAAUAUAAUCCUAUUGGCGAUAACUCAGAUAAGUUAUGCACGCUAUGUAAGGGUAAAAUACAGGGUGGUCGCUGCUCUGUGGCAGAUUCAUACUUUGGUUACGAUGGUGCAUUUCGCUGUUUAUUAGAGGCUGGCGAUGUGGCAUUCUUACGCCACUCCACUGUAUUUGAGAUGUUGGCUACUGCGGAAUUCAAUUCCAUGUCUCCGGAAAGCUUUGAAUUGCUGUGCCGUGAUGGACGUCGUGUACCAGUUUCCGAAUACCGUCAAUGCAGUUGGGCUUUAGUACCUUCUGACGCUGUGGUAACGUCUUCAGCACGUAACUCUUUGGAACGUAAAAAGUAUCAAAAGUUCUUAAAAAAAAUUAUUGAAAUGUAUUCGGAUAGCUUGCGUGAGGAUGCACUGCAAAUUUCGUUUACUAGUAGACAAAGUAAUCAGGACAAUAAGUACUACAAUCACAAUGAUGCUUAUGAUCGUUUUGUUCCAUCGUCUGGGUAUCGUGGUGAACGUUUAGAUGGUAGUUUUACUACUGCUAGGAAUGACAAUCAGUCAGUGCUUUAUGAAAAAUUUCAUAUAUUCGAGUCGAAACGUUAUGGAAAAAGUAAUUUGCUCUUUCAGGAUGCUGCAAAAUCUUUAGCUACUAUCCAUGAGGACGACCAAUCAUUCAGUAGUUACCUACAUAACUCCAUGGAGUAUAUUUAUGGACUAAGAGAAUGUCCUAUCCCAAGUAUGACUUUGUGCGUUACUUCUGAUGCUGAAUUUGACAAAUGCGUUAAAAUGAGGAUAGCAUUAAAGGCCCAAAUACUUAAACCGGAAUUAAUUUGCAAGAAAAUGCAUUCGCAUAUUAAUUGCAUGCGAUGGAUCCAGGCAGGCAAGGCUGAUAUUGCUGUAUUCGAUGCUGGAGAUGUUUAUACAGCCGGACUAAAUUAUGAUCUAAUACCAUUUAUGUCGGAAGUUUACAAUUUGGGCGAACCGGAGUAUUAUGUUGUAGCAGUAGCCAAAGAAGAAGAUCCUGAUACUGAGCUCACUUAUCUCAAGGGCAGAUACACUUGCCAUACAGGCAUUAACAUGGCUGCUGGUUGGACUUAUCCUAUGGCUCUCUUGAUAUCCAACGGUUGGAUAAGGCCUUACGGAUGCGAUUCUGUGCGUGCUGCAGCUGAAUAUUUUACGAAAUCGUGCGUCCCAGGAGCGACAAGCAACGAAUACAAUACUGGCGUGCCUUACGACAGCAUGUGUGAUCUAUGUCAUGGCAGUAGCUAUCGUUAUUGCCGUCGCGAUGCUUCUGAGGAUUAUUUUGGUUACACUGGAGCUUUUCGCUGUUUAGUGGAAGGUGGCGGUCACGUCGCUUUCGUCAAACACACCACUGUAAUGGAAAAUACUAGCGGCAAGCGCAAAGAAUGGUGGGCGCGAAAUACCCUUAACGAUGAUUUUGAAUUAUUAUGCACGGAUGGUACACGCGCUGAGUUAUACGAUUAUAAGCGAUGUAAUCUGGGCAAAGUAAAAGCAAAUGCAAUUGUGACACGCGGCGGCAGGAAUUACAACGAAACAGAAAUUAAUGCCUACAUUAAUUUGCUUACCUAUGCCCAGCAGUUAUAUGGUCGUAAGGAUGUUGACGCUUUUAGUUUUAGCAUGUUUUCUUCACCUUUUGGACAUUAUGACUUAAUUUUCCAAGAUGCCACGAGACAGUUGCAAAUAAUAGCGCCCAAUAAACGUCGUUACGACGUAUAUUUGGGCAGCAAUUAUAUGCGAGCACGACGCAUAACCGAUUGUUAUGCUGGUAGCAGAAAAUUGGAAAGAAAAUCGAUUACUUUAUUAUUCACAUUCUCUCUAAUUGCAUUGAGAGUUUAUUUCUAAUGAAAAGUACAUGACUAAAUAUUACAAUUUGUGUAUUGCAUUACCAAAUAAGAUUUCAUAUUUCAAAUUUUUUGUCUUAACGUAAGUAAUUUAAAUAUUUAAGGUACAAAAUUCAUAAUAAUUAAGCACAAAACUUCGUAUUUAAGUAAUAUAAGCAAGCGCAUAAAAAAUGACGAUUGUAAAAAGAGCCUCUGA